AUCAACAUAUGCGUUUCUAACCUCUGAAACAGUCAAAAUUACUGCAGGACAGGUGUAUAUAAAUCAGUGUGAUUGAGAACCAAUUUAUCCAAAAUAAUUGAUAGUGAAUCAUCAGAUUUAACUGAUUGGCCUUGGGACCGAGAUCCCGAUCCAUAAGGACUCACCAGUUAUUCCAGAGAGAUACCUAGAAACACUAAUGGUGAUAUGGCCAGCGAUACUGAGGAUGCUAACUUGUGCGCCAACAAAAGUGAAAACACGAGCAUAAAAAGGACGAAAAAAGGAGGACCUGCAGGCGGAAUACUAUCAAAUAAAACCAAAAGAUUCACCCGUCAAAUGGGUUCCUUCACCCGGGAAGACGAUGAGCAGAUGCUAAACUACCUCAUUCGAACAAACUCAGUCCGAGAGUCCCUGAACAUUGCCACCUGGCUACGUCUUGAGGAGGUAGGGACCCUGGCCCCCCACCGGGCAGGCCCCCUCUUUAUGCACUUCAUCAACGACAUUCUCCCCAAUUACAACUCCUACGAAAUUCCCAAAAAAAAGGCUUAUCACGAUCUGAGGGAACUGCACUUACUCCAAGCCGGAUUCCCAACAGGUCUGACUGAAUCCCAAUAUUCUGACUCUCAAACACCCGUUAAUGGCCUGCCCACAACAACCACAAGGACGACAGAACAAUCCUCCCCUUCUGCAGUUGAAAAAUUUCCACAAAAAUUUGCAUCACAAGUCGAUAAACUCCAGGUAUCACAAGUAAUGACACUUUGUCCGAACCAUCAAACUUCUCCAGUGCCUCCAGCGGCUCGAGAAAAUUUACCAGAAGUUGGGAAAAAGUCUCCAGAUAGUGUAUACGAUGAAACACAAUUUUCACCGGGUGAUAAAGCACAAGAGGAGGGAAAUCGUUCUCCACAGACUCCUCGAACGGAAAUUAAAUCUGAGAGAUUGACUCCAGAGAAUUCUUCGCCACUAUCUACUGCAGAAACGGUUGCAAUGUCACCACCACCUCCAAGAAUAAAAAUGGAACGUUCGGUAUCUAAUGAGUGCCUGGAGGAGCCUGAAAGGCCUGUAGCGAGUCCAGAUGAACUUUUGGAAGAAUCCCACGAUUGGAAGUGCGACCUAUUACCCGGGGGAAGUCGCCCUUAUGUGGCAACAUCCUCUGAUAGUGAAGAGUCCACCAGAGCCCCUGGAGAUGUGGAAAACCCCACCGAACUUGAGGCAAAUCAAGAUUUGACAAAAUCUGGCGACGUGUUGGUGCAUCCCAAAUCAUUGGAAACGUCAUUUGACAGUAGAAAAAGUCGAGAAACUCCAGGAAGUUCUGAAUCACCUAAAAAACCAUUAGUAUUGCUUCCAUCAUCAGCUAUGAACAUCGACUUUUCGGAUGACGAACAGAGUCCAGACCUCAGGAAAAAAACCCACAGCAAGAAUUCUCGCUCCAGGAAGUCUCCAACGCCUGCUGUGUCUGAAUGCUCCAGCAGUAUUUCAUUUAGUGACGAGAGUGAGGAUUCGGAGACUGUAAGUGAGGUCAGGAGGAAAAAUCGUCGAAGAACCGCCGCUUCCCCAGAAAUCUCUCCAUUGACUGCACUAAGAAACAUAAUGAAAAAUCCACCUAAACGAAUGACUUGGAAUAGCCUUGCUGCUGGUUUUGCAGAUGAUGAGAAUAAUCAUUCAUCAGAUAAUUCUCCAGAGAAAGAGUCGAAGAGUUCAGGGUGUCAGAAAGAAGCAACUCCAGUGAGAAAGCGUGGAAAAUAUAAGAAUAAUUCCGGUGUAAAGAAAAAAUCUGUUUCAGACGUGGAAGUGAAUUCCCUGGAGAGUAAUUCUCCUUUAGCAGGAACUGGAAAGAGGACUCCAACGUCAACAGUAUCUACACCAUCUACAGUCAGACAGAAAUCCAGAAUUCCCGAUAACGAAGCCCCUGAAAAGUCUGGGAAGAGAAAAUUUCCGGAGAUAGAUUCGAACGAUUCUGAUGAAGACAAUUUCCGGGGGAAGGAGACUCAGGGAAAGCGAUCGGGAGGGCCUCAGUCUCGAGCCAGCACUUCCGGGGGCGUCAAGGGCCGUGGGGCCCAGAGGGGACGUGGGGUCCAGAGGGGCCGUGGGGUCGGGAGGGGGCGUGGGGUCCAGAGGGGACGUGGGAUCUUAAGGGGAAAGAGGGCUCAUGCCGAGAGAGAUGAUGAGGAUAGCGGGAACGAGGCGCAAUGGACGGAGGAUCAGAGCGAAGAUCCCUCCAGUGACCAUGAGGGGGAUAGGACUGCUCGGGAGGCUCAGGGGACGGCGAAUAAGCAGAAAGCACAAGUAGAAACUGAGUGCGUGGCACCUAGCAGAGGGCUGAUGUAUCUUGGAGAUGCAAUGGGACGGAAAGCGUUCAGCAAAGAGGAGGAUCAGGCCAUGGUGGACGCAUUGAUCGAUCACAAUUUGAUUUAUAGGGCGACAUCGAUAAAUGCAUGGCAAGGACUACUGGACAAGGGUGUACGUGGAAUUGGUAAUCGUACUGCAAAAUCACUGAGAAAUCAUUUUUCGAAUUACGUGAGGUGGAACUAUAAACACUUUACGAAUGAUCCUGAUGCAAUCGAGGCAUUUGUGGACGCUGAGCGACGACGAGGGGCCAGGCACGACCUGAGAAAGGCUAAAGCCGAGAUACGAAAAUUGGGUUCACCGGACUAG